AUGACUGGAUCCGUUGCAAUGUCUACACGGUCUUCUUCGGGCACCGUGCAAAGCAGCAAUCCAUCCAACAAUGAAAAAUUACAAGUGUCAGCCGAUCAUCACAUAAUCGACGAUACCAUACCAGUGCACCAAUUACAGCAGCGAAACAAUGACGACGAUAUUGACGACGACGGCAAGGAAAAGAAGAAAAGCAAAAAAAAUAAAAACAAAAAAGCAAAGCGCACCGUACCUGUUCAUAAACUGUUUCGAUUCGCAAAGCCAUGGGACAAAUUCAUGAUUGCAAUCGCCUGUAUUUGCUCGGUCCUUGUCGGUUUAUUACAACCUCUCUGUGUUGUCUUUUUCGGUCUGAUGAUUAAUCGGAUUAUGGAUUCUAUUGAUGAGGGCAAGAGUCUGCCUGAAGCUACGCAGCCUAUCGUUAUCAUUUUUGUCAUUCUCGGCACCGUUAUCUUGGUCCUUGCUUAUAUUGCCAACUCGUUCUGGAUCAUGUCAGGCGAGAAUCAAACACGUCGUAUCCGUAAACUUUAUAUCCAUUCGAUUUUGCGUCAAGAUAUGGCAUGGUUUGACCAAUCUGAAGAAGGUUCGCUCACCACUCGCCUUGCAGCUGAUUGCCAACUUAUCCAAGACGGUAUCAGUGAGACGUUUGGCACCAUGAUCCGCGCUAUUUCAGCUUUCGUCCUUGGUUUCAUCAUGGCAUUCGGAGUUGGAUGGAACCUUGCUGUCAUCGUCCUUGCUGUGCUGCCUCUGCUGGGCGGUGUUGGUGGUCUCAUGGGCUAUCUUAUCACCUCGAGUACACUCAAGGUGCAAGAUGCAUACGCUGACGCAGGCACCGUUGCUGAACAAGUCUUUUCCGGUGUUCGCACAGUUUAUGCAUUCUCGUUGCAAAAGCGUUUUGCUGAAAUUUACGAAACCAAACUUGUCAAGGCACGUCAAGCAGGUGUAUACCGUGGCUACGUUACCGGUCUCGGCGUUGGUGGUUUCCUUUUUGUUUUGUUCGGCAUCUACGCAAUUUCCUUUUGGUAUGGCGGCAAACUAGUCAAAGACGAGGCCCUUGAAGGAUGGAGGGUUAUGGUUUCUUUCUUUGUGAUGAUUCUUGGAGCGAUGAGCUUGCUUCAACUACCAAACCACGUAACGACCAUCUCGACAGCAUGCGGUGCAGCCCACAAGAUUUUCGAAACGAUUGACCGUGUUCCUUUCAUCGAUCCUGAUUCGACCGAAGGCAUAACACCUGAUAAAGUGAUUGGCAACAUCGAGUUCCGUAACGUUCAGUUCCAAUAUCCUACGCGUCCCGAUGUCCCCAUUCUCAAAAACCUCAACUUGAAGAUCAAACCCGGUAUGACUGUUGCCUUCGUCGGUCCCUCAGGCUCAGGCAAAUCAACCAGUAUUCAGCUAUUGCAGCGCUUCUAUGAUCCUACCUCGGGUCAAGUGCUGUUGGACGGCAACUCUUUGAAAGAUAUCAACCUCAAAUGGCUUCGUUCUCAAGUCGGCGUUGUCUCUCAAGAGCCUGUUUUAUUUAAUAUGACGAUUCGUCAAAAUCUGCUCAUGGGUGUUCACCAUCAAGUUUCGCAAGAAGAAAUUAUCGAGGCUUGCGUGAAGGCCAACUGCCAUACUUUUAUCUCAAACUUGCCCAAGGGAUAUGACACAUUAGUCGGUGAACAUGGUGGUAUGAUGUCUGGUGGUCAAAAACAACGUAUUGCUAUUGCUCGUGCUAUUCUCAAAAAUCCACCCAUUCUUUUACUUGAUGAGGCUACUUCGGCUUUGGACACUCAAUCAGAACGGCUUGUGCAACGUGCUCUGGACGUAGCUGCUGCUGAUCGUACGACUAUUGUCAUUGCCCAUCGUUUGUCGACUAUUCGUAACGCUGAUUUAAUUGUCGUCAUGCAACAAGGUGAUCUUGUCGAACAAGGUUCGCAUAACGAAUUGGUGGCACGCAACGGUGUGUACGCAGAGCUUGUAAGAAAGCAACAAAUUGCUACUAAGCAAGUCGGCGCCACCGAAGAUGAAGAAUUCGACGAAGAAGAGCUUUUGCGCAAAGAGAACGAAGAAUUGGAGCAGCAUAUCACCAAAGCGAUCGAAGCUGAUGCACUUGACGAAAAAGAGCCCGGCGGUCAGCACUUGGUGCGAAUGAGCACCACAUCAUCGAUUGACGCUUAUGAACUCAAGCUACACAAGAACAAGGAAGAACGCAAGAUGCGCAAGAAGCAGUCUGCUCCUAUCGGUCGAAUUUUGCAACAAAUGCGAAGCGAAUGGCCUUUGCUUUUCUUGGGUUCCAUUGGUGCUACAUUGGCCGGUGCCGUAUUCCCAGUUUUUGCCUUUGUCAUUGCCAAGUGUAUCUACGCUCUUGUCCAACCGCCAGAGCUAGUCGCUCCUGGCCCAUUGGAAGGUGCAAAUUUAUACGCGUUCCUUUUCCUCAUGUUUGCCAUUAUUGCUUUCAUUGGUUUUGGCUUACAAAUGGGCAGCUUUGAAGUCGCUGGUGAGCUUUAUACCGAGCGUUUCCGUGCCAUGAUCUUCCGCGCUUACUUGAAGCAAGAAAUCGGCUAUUAUGAUGACGAGGAUAACAGCGUUGGCGCACUUACCUCAAAACUCGCCGUGGAUUCCAAAAACGUCAACGAGCUCGUUACUAAGGUUCCAGGUGAUAUUUGCCAGAUUAUUGCUACUGUCAUUACAGGUCUCGUGAUUGCAUUUUAUCAUGACUGGAAAAUGACACUUAUUGUGUUGGCCAUGUCACCAUUCGUUAUGGGCGCAAGUUUCUACGAAUCCAAGAUCCAACGCGGUUUUGAAGACCAAACCGCCAAAGCACAUGAACACAGUGGUGAAAUCGCUGGUGAAGCAAUCAAAGAAAUCCGUACUGUUGCAGCUCUUGACAAGCAAGCCUAUUUCGAGAAAAAGUUUAAAAAGGCAUUGCAACGGCCUCAUCGUUUGGCUAAGCGCAAAGCAUUCCUUUCGUCGAUUGGUUAUGCUUUGGGUCAGGGUAUCAUUCUGUACGUCGGUGCUGUGUCCUUCUAUGCCGGUAUGCAUUUCCUUCAAGACGGCAAGCUGGCAUUCGAUGAGCUGUUCAUCUGUUUGUUGAGUGUCAUGAUUACUGUGCAUGGUGUUGGUCGAGCCAGUGUGUUUGCUUCUACUUAUGCCAAGGCCAAAAACUCAGCUCUGGCUACCUUUGAAAUAUUGGACCGCCAAUCGCAUAUUGAUCCUGAUCUGGAAGGCAUUGAACCUGCUACCUCGACAAUUGCGGGUGAUCUUUCUUUUGACAAUAUAACUUUCCGAUACCCUGCUCGUAUGGAUAUGCCCAUUUUCGACGGCGAGUUCAACUUGGGAGGCAAGGCUGGCCAAACGAUCGCUCUAGUAGGUCCCUCGGGUUGCGGUAAAUCCACUACCAUUGGUAUGCUUCAACGUUGGUACGACCCUAUUGAAGGCACUGUCCGUCUGGAUGAACACAAUACCAAAAACUUUACUUUGGGUAAUCUCCGCAGCCAUAUGGCUCUGGUCGGUCAAGAGCCUGUCCUGUUUGACAUGUCAAUUGGCGAAAACAUCCGAUUCGGUAUUGAUGAAAACCGUGCGGUGACCCAAGAGCAAGUUGAGGAAGCAGCACGUGCGGCCAAUAUCCACAACUUCGUUGCUGAUUUGCCGGAUGGUUACAACACGCGUGUCGGUGACAAGGGCUCGCAAUUGUCUGGUGGUCAGAAGCAACGUAUUGCCAUUGCCCGUGCAUUGAUUCGCAAGCCCAAGGUCCUAUUGCUUGAUGAAGCCACUUCUGCUCUCGACUCUGAAUCCGAAAAGCUUGUCCAGGCUGCUAUUGACAACAUUAUCAGUGAAGGUGGUCGUACAACGAUUACCAUUGCGCAUCGUUUGUCGACAAUUCAGGGCGCUGACUUGAUCUGUGUCAUCAAGGAUGGUCGAGUGGUUGAACAAGGCACUCAUUGGGAGCUACUGAAACUCGAUGGCGUAUACGCAUCGCUUGUACGCCAGCAGUCCCUCAAUGCUACUUAG